UCGUAUAGUCCACCAACGACUACUUUUGCGUAGGCUACAGUAUAGCGAUAGUGCGCAUAUGCUUCGCGAAUCUUUCCGUACGUAGAGCGCAAUAGUGACUGGUGACAUUUUUGUGUGUUUGUUUCAAUCCCGGGGAGGGGAGGGGAUGAAUUUCUUCCCAAGCAAGAGGGCGUGAGAGGGGCGCGCAAGGGCGCAAGGGCUGGGGACUAGCGCCAUCGCGGCGGCAGCAUGAAUCGCAGGUCAGAUCUCGCUCCGGCAGCUCGGCAAGCGAUCUAGCGAUCUAGCGCCAUCGAAAUUUGGAUGAAAUAUCGCUCUGUCUCGCUCCAGGCGCAGGGUUUUGGCAGCCGCUGGACGAGAUUUCUCGGCGCAUUGCUGGAUCUUUGGCAGCGCUCGCCCGUGGCGGCAUUGUCAUUGGAAUUCAGGGCUCUAGCAGGCACGAGGACCUAAUCAACAAGCGCGCUCCUUCCAAGGGAUUUUUCCAGCCAUGUCAGAGGAUCAUCAGCAUAAAAUCCAGGAACAGCUGCCAGAAAUCGACUACUGCCCGAACGAUAGCCCGCCAUGGCCUCAAACUAUCCUCCUUGGAUUCCAACAUUUUCUAACAAUGAUAGGAACCACGGUGCUCAUUCCAAGCCUAUUGGUGGGCAAUAUGGGCGCUACCAACGAACAAAAGGCUCGGGUGUAUCAGACAUUGCUGUUUGCUUCGGGGAUAAACACUUUGAUCCAAACGUUUGUUGGAACAAGGUUGCCCGUCGUUGUAGGUGGUUCCUUUGCGUAUAUUAUUCCCAUAACAUCGAUUACCAACUCGCCAAGGCUACGAUCGAUAUACUACGAUCACGAUAGAUUUGUUCACACGAUCAGGGCAGUUCAGGGUGCAGUCAUUCUUUCCUCUAUCUUACAGAUAAUUUUAGGAUUUAGUGGUCUAUGGGGGAUCAUGUUGAAGUACAUUUCUCCUACAACUUAUGCGCCUGCAAUUAUUUUGCUUGGUCUCGGCUUUUAUGAGUAUGGCUUUCCAGGAAUAGCCAAGUGUGUAGAAAUCGGACUGCCAGCGUUGAUCAUUCUUCUCCUCUUUUCUCAGUAUUUUAAAGCUUUGUCAAGAAAGAAGCUACCAGUUUUUGAGCGCUUCCCGAUUAUCGUGACAGUAAUAAUAUCAUGGGCCUAUGCAUAUAUUUUGACAGUAAGUGGAGCAUAUAGAGCCGCGACAGAGAAAGGAAAAGACCAUUGCCGCACGGAUCGUGCUCAUCUAGUUGGAUCUUCUCCCUGGAUAAGACUUCCAUAUCCGUUGGAAUGGGGCGCUCCUACAUUUGAUGGGGGCUAUACAUUCGCCAUGAUGGCUUCCGCCCUCGUUGCUCAGAUUGAGUCAACUGCAGCCAUUUAUGCUGUCUCACGGCUCGCGAACGCCACCCCGCCUCCUCCUUUUGUUGUUGGUCGUGGAAUUGGAUGGUUGGGAUUCGGGACGCUUCUGAACGGCUUGUUUGGAACCGUGGUAGGACCAACUAUAUCACCAGAAAAUGCGGGUCUCGUUGGAAUUACCCGUGUUGGUAGUCGUCGCACGGUGCAAAUCGCGGCGAUUUUUAUGCUGGUCUUUUCGAUCUUAGGUAAAUUUGGGGCAGUGAUAGCUUCCAUACCACAAUCGAUUGUCGCUGCUAUCUACUGUGUGACGUUUGCGGUCUUAGCUGCUGUUGGGAUUUCGUAUUUGCAGUUUGUCAACUUGAACAUCACCCGGAAUCUUUUUAUCCUCGGCUUCGCCCUGUUCAUGGGAUUCUCCGUCCCACAGUACUUCUACGAGUUCAGAUCGGCCAGCAACCAUGGCCCAGUUAACACAAAUGCGGAAUGGUUUAACGACAUACUCAACACCUUAUUUUCUUCAAACGUUCUGGUGGGAUUUGUGCUGGCUGUGCUCCUGGACAGCACCUUGAAAGCGCAUAAGAAGGAUCGGGGAAUGGGGUGGUGGAAGAAGUAUCACAAGUGGGAUCAUCCAACAAAUGAAGAAUUCUACAAGCUGCCUCUCAAUAUGAACAGAUAUUUUCCUCCUCCACACUACUAAGAGACCAAUAAAAUUUCGGUGACCUUUUUUAACUGUAUAGAAUCUCAAAGAUUUGCAUUU